AUGUCCGACCCGGCCUCCGCCCAGGGGCCCGACGCCGAGAUGCGCGACGCCGCCGCGGCAGCCGGCGACGAGGACGACGCGGAGGAGGAAGAGGAGGAGGACGAUGAGUUGGAAGAGGAGGAGGAGGAGGAGGAGGAGGAGCUGCCACCUGCCGAGGAGCCGCCGUCGCCGGCGGCCCCAGAACCGGUCUCGGCCUUUCCGGGGAACCCGAACCAGCUGACGCUGCUGUUCCAGGGCGAGGUCUACGUCUUCGAGUCCGUCACCCCUGACAAGGUUCAAGCUGUCCUGUUACUGUUAGGAACUGGUGAAAUUCCACCGGGUUUAUCUGCCAUGGUUUUACCCAGUCAACGUGAAAAUAGGGGUUAUGAGGAUUUACUUCAGAGGACAGACAUUCCUGCAAAAAGGGUUGCUUCACUCAUCAGGUUCCGCGAAAAACGCAAGGGGAGAAAUUUUGAUAAGCAAAUACGCUAUGCUGUACGCAAAGAAGUGGCACACAGGAUGCAGCGUCGGAAGGGGCAAUUUGUUGGAAGAGCGAAUUUGGAGGGGGAGUCCCCUUCUCCAGGCUGUGAUCCUGUCUCCCAGGGCUCAGGCCAAGAUUUCCUGUCUCGAGAAUCAAAGUUGUGUCAGAAUUGUGGCACUAGUGAAAAGAUGACACCGGCAAUGCGUCGUGGUCCAGCUGGUCCAAGGACUUUGUGCAAUGCUUGUGGACUGAUGUGGGCCAACAAGGGCACCCUGAGAAGUUGCUCCAAGGCAAAAGUUGAAGCUCCUAUGCUUGCAAUUGAGCAGUGCAACGCUGCUGUCGCCCAGUGUCAGACCGGAACCGAUGUCAAAGCACUGCCAGCUCCAAACAACUACGACGUCGCUCCAAGCAACGGCGAAGCCAUGGAUAACAGUGUGACUGCAAACGCAACUGCUGCUGCGAUGGAAGGAGCGCCGAAAGCGCAGUCAGAAUAA